AGCCAACGAAUAUUCCGAUACAACACCGCCCACGAAAGAUGCGUCCAGAAUGAGGUCAGAUUCGGCCCAAAACCUCAAACCCGGGGCCAAAGUCAGCCCCAAUCUGCAGUGCCGGGUGCGUAUCACAGACUCACAGCAGGCGCUGGUGGACAUGCUGCUGCAGUUGGGCAGAGACGGACGCUUCCGCUUUCUCAUACAGGGCAUACGCGAGAUACACACACGCUCCAACUCAAACAGCACACACGCCAGUGCACCCCUCAGUAUCAUCAAGAUUGCUCACCGCAACGAAGCCCUUCUGCUGCAAAUGCUGCUGUGCUGUACCGAACAGUGUGACACGGCGGCUGUCAGCGAUGCGUUGGGGUCGAUUCUGCAGCUGCUGGGAGAGAUCACAUCGUCGACGAACUACCUACCAAGCACCAGUGUGUGUCUGGUCAUCAUCUACACAUUGGCCACAAAGCUGAAGAGCUCUAUGGACCACCGCCACCGUCGGCGUCUGCAAGAACUGUCGUACCGUUUGGUGUCCAUCAUGAUCAACAGUGUGACGCUCAGCAUUGGCCGCGAAAGCACCCUGGCAGCCAAUCAGACCGAAGUAGAGUCCAAAAAAUUGGGACAAGGUGCAGCAGGGAGUGCACCUGGAGGUGCAACCCAGUCCUCUACAUCCCCACGAUCCUGGCCCGCGAGCCGGCAGGUGUCCGACAGCGGCAUCAACUCCCAGUCCUCAACCAAUCAGAACACAGCGCGACAAACCCCGAUCAAUGAAAAAUUAGGCACACGGUUACCUACCCCUGGCACUAAAAGUACACGCAGCGCCGCUGUUAGCCCUCCCGCAAGCUCAGCGGCGGCGGACUACGAUCCUGUGGGUGAAGCACUGGUUGUUCUGCGAGUGUAUGUCAUGGGGACUCUAAAUGCCCUGCAUCAGAAGACAGAAAAGGACCGGGUGACCCUUUAUCUGCAGCCGGUCAUGCCGUCCCUGGCGCCGUUGCUGAAGGCAGGCAACCACGUGAGCUACAAGUACAAGCAGGAGCUAUUGCAGCUGUUCCUGAGUAUCAGUACAUAUGCAUACGCUCUACGUUCAUGGAAGACGGCUAUAUACGAUCUAUUUAUGGACACUAACUACUUCAAAAUCAAGCAAGGACUGAUACCCUCGUGGCGUUUCUUGAUCAAGAACAUGUGCGCUCUCGACAAGCACGUGCUGACCGACAUCAUAGAACAAACCAAGACAAGCAGCGGCCAGUCCACGCUCAAUAUCUUCUCCUCGCAAGCCCAAGAACUGGACAGCAAGAGCCGUUUGGUCAAACGCACAGCCUUUGUCAUCUACUGCGGCACGCAAGACGAGUACUACCAAGACAUCCCCGCCAUCAUGGAAUGCAUUGUCGACUGUCUCAGGCCACCCAGCUCACCCGUGGUGCAGGAGCGUGUGUUCUUGCUGUUCAGGAUUAUGCUGCUGCGAAUGAGCGAGCAACACCUCUUAGCCUGGUGGCCCACAGCCCUGACGGAAGUGGUGCGCGUGCUGGACCGUGCGCUCACGCAGUGCCGUAACCAUGGCAACGGACCCUUGGCCUCCGCGUCUGCGAUGAACCGCAACUCGACGUCGAGUCUAAGGACGUCGCCAGUGACCACUAAGCGUUCCAUGGGCCACAUGGAUCUGUUCACUCCCGAUGAUUUGCACCUGUUGCUGGGCGCCUGCAAGUUUGUGGACUUGAUGAUCCUGUUGCCAGUGCAAAUCUGUCAUCUGCAUCAGUGGAUGUUUGUGGAUGAGAUCAUCCACGAAGCACCCAACACCCCCACCCCCCAAUCACAGCUGUCUGUGCCCACCAAACCCAACAACCCUACCACCCAAGCACCUGCCGAUAGGGAUCUGGGUGUGUUUGCGUCCUAUAUGGCCCGCCUCAGCGAUGCCCUGAGCGACGGUAUAAGCCCAGACAUAGGCGCCAGUGGGGUGGAGUUGGCGGACUUCGAGCAUGGCGCGAGAGGCCCCUUGCUGACUAUGAGAGAGGUGUCGAGCGCAAGCGAUCUGGUGCCGUUCUUCAGUACUGUGAGUGCAUUCAAUAUCGCCGCAGAUGUGACCAGGAGUAUACCGGACUACGCCAGCAUACAGGCGAUUAUUGAUAUAGAGUUCACGGAGGCGAGUUAGGGCUGAGCUGGUGGUUGAAGUGGAUUUAGUGGCCUU